AGGAAGGAAGGAAGGAAGGAAGGAAGGAAGGAAAGUGGGGAGAGAGGAGGACGAGGACGAGGACGGACCUUUCGCGCGCGAGCAAGUGGGUCAGUGUCCUGGCCGAUUGCGAGGAAAGAAGACGAGGAGAGAAGAAUUAUUUUUCCUAAUUUUUCUUCUCCCUCCGUCUCUCUCUCUCUCUCUCUCUCUUUCUCUUACUCACUCUUUUAAGAGAUGAGACUAUUCGAUCAUUUUUUAUUAUACGUCAAAAUAACAAAGUUCCGGUGAAAAAAGCAAGUUCAACGAAUUUUUCAUUCUCGUUUCGAGUUGGUUUUAUUUUUUGGGGGAUUAUUUUCGUUACGUUCAGUUAAGUUUAGUUCAGUUGAGUGAGGAAAAGAAUUCGUGUUUAUUCCACGCUGGAUGAUGUGCCGUAAAAGAGAAUCAAGCAACGACACGUAACGACACACCAAGUUUGUCCCAUGACAAACGUCAAUAGGAUCAGGGUGGUCGUCCUCGGCGGCCCCAGAGUCGGCAAGUCCGCCGUGGUCGUCCGAUAUUUAACGAGGCGAUACAUCGGCGAGUACAGUUCGACAAGCGAUUUCCUUUACCGGCACAGUGUUACCAUCGAUAACGUUACUACCGAGGUUGAGAUAUUGGACACUUCCAGGUGCGAGGAGAACGGGUGUCUGUAUUCUCACAUAAGAUGGGGCGAAGCAUUCGUCGUAGUUUACAGCGUUACAUGUAAACGAAGUUUUCAAGAAGCAAGAGGAUUAUUAAAACAACUCGCGGAUUUACGUUUGCCAUCCUACUUUACUGCCCUCUUGCUAGGUAAUAAGAGAGAUCUUGACCAUGCACGAGAAGUAUGCGUGGACGAGGGACAACAACUGUCAUUGGCACACGGAUGUCAAUUUUAUGAGGUCAGUGCUGCCGAAAGUCCAGCAGGUGCUGCAUUAGCAUUUCAAGCACUUUUAAGAGAAGCAAGAUCGGUUCAACUGUUACGUGCAUUACCGAUACGUAGAAAACUCGGUGUACAUUCUGUAUCAAGGGUCCUUGGUACGAUAUUUGGCAAAAACACAACUAAGGAUCGUAAAAAGAGGCCAUCAUUGAGUAUAUGACGCCUUCUAUGCGCCCUCCUCCUAGGAGGUCGCGACGAACCCGGUAGAAGAACCGACGUCGUUGUCCUCAGUAGCAACGUUUAUGCGAAUCGUUGAUCGUUCUUCUUAUUUCAUUUUCUAUAUAAUUAUAUAUAUGUGUGUAUGUAUUACUAUGAACGUUUCAAAUUGGAUAUUGUUAAGGUUCACACAUGAUUUUAUGUGUUUGUUUUAACACUUACCAAAUAUUUUCA